AGGACCCAAAGUCCGACUUACAUUCGGCCCCAAUUUCAAAUUACAUUUCGGCGGCGAACCCCUCGGCGGCGAGGUUCCGGCGAAACUCCUCACAAAUCUCUCUCCGGCGAAAUCGAGUUCUCCACCACUGCUUAAAGGGGAAAUUGGUGAAUUAAGCAAAAGUAGGAAAAGCAAUGGAGGCUAAUUUGGUGAAUACUCCAAGAAAAAAGCUUGGUGAUAUCAGCAACUUACCGCUGCGAAAGAGAUUCACUAGCGAAGAUAAGAAGCCAGAACAUAUCCCAACUGCUUCUAAAGAGUAUAUAGAAAUGAUCCAGAAGGAAAAUUUGGUGUUGAUGAAGAUAUUAGCAGAAAGAAACAAAAUCAUUGAAAUAACUGGAGUAGAGAUAGAGAAACUGAGAACUAAUGUGCAGAAAAUGCAGCAACAGAACAAGCAGCUUGCUCAAGCAAACAGUAAAAUGCUUGCGGAACUAAAUUCAAAUAAAGAUAGGCUAAAAGCAUUACAACAUGAACUUGGAUGCACAAAGGGUUUACUUAAGGCUAGAAAUUUUGAAGCAGAGGAGCAACCAAGAACAAAUAUGUGCCAAAAUCUGAAUGAUGAGGUGAAAUCCAUGAAGUGUGAGGAGACAGGAGAUCUUUUGUUAGGAAAUGGAGAUGAUGAGAAAGCUAUAAAUCUCAAAAGAAGGCCUCGGUCGAAGAGUGUGGGCUCUUGUGAGCAAGUUCAAUUUAAGGAUAAGGCGGAAAACAAAAGACCUUGUAUAAGGAGGCAAUCUGCUCGGCUUAACCCUGAGGCGCUGAAACUCAAUGAAGUUUCUUUCGAUGUACAAGACAAAUGUGCUCUGCACCCUCCAACAAGUGAUCCAGUGCUAGAAAAUGGUUUGAAUUCCAUUAGCAUAUCAUCUGAUGGUCUAGAGUGCAAUCCUUUAUUGAGGUUUGAACCUGUACAGUUUGGAAUAUCAUCUCUGCGUAGGCCAUCAAGGGAGGCAGCUAAGAAGGUCCAGUCAUACAAGGAAAUUCCUGUAAACAUAAAAAUGCGAAGACCACGAUGAACAACGUGUUCGGUGUAGUAACCUCUUUGAUAUCGGAGCAAGUGCUGAAUGGUAAGAUUCUUCAUUGUAUCUUUUUGUCAGGUUCAGUGUUAUAAUUUUUUGUUAAAAUCUGUAGCUCUAAUUCCAUAUCCACUCCUUCAAAGUUCUAUUCCCCCUCCUCCAGAAAUGUCAUGGCCUAUCUGUCUCCAGAAUAAAUGUUCUUAAUAAAAAUGCCGCCUGCUGUACAAUCCUGAUUAGAUGCUUCUUUUAUGGUGAUUGAUGAUGAAAUUCUUUUGGACC